ACAUCUCCCAGCUGUGGGCAACAUCAAUCUCUCACAACGGUCUACAUUGCGAUCGUAAUCUGUGCCAUGUGGAGUUGCGCUUCGGCCGAUGAGGAACCACUGAGCUGUUAUCAGUGCCGCGUCGAGAGGAACGAAGACUGCACGGACGCUUUUUUGAAGCCGUGCCCCACCAACCAAGCCUAUGACGUGUGUAUGGUCAGCGUAACAAAUCACGCUGGCCACGUUUGGAUCGAGAAAAAGUGUGCGCUCGGUCCGUGCGACCUCCGGGAUCCGAAACAGUCCGACGGUCUCGGUCUCGACAAAUGCGACAGGAGUCAGAACACGUACAGUUGCUUUGAGUGCUGCAAGGGGAACGGUUGCAAUAAGAGCUCGGCCUACGGGCUGAGAGCAUCUUCUUCAUCCCUCAUGUUGAUUUUUAGCCUCUCAGUCACCCUUCUGGUCAGCUUGUUCACAUUCGGCCAAUCUGGAGGAAUGGCUGGCGCUGCCGCCACCGCCGUCAAAAGUUAAGGAAGAAGCAAAGAUCGCUAGUUGUCUUAGCUAAGGAUCGACCUCGACAGGAAGACAAACGCCCCAGCACGAUUUUCCGUAGUGGCACCUAUCGGUCAGACGGGCCGAAAGUUUCCCAAAUGAUCGCUUGGAUGAUUAAUCG